AUGGGGCAAGUGUCCACCCUCUGGGUCUACCACAGGGCAAGUGUCCACUCUCUUGGUCUACCACAGGGCAAGUGUCCACUCUCUGGGUCUACGACAGGGCAAGUGUCCACUCUCUCGGUCUACCACAGGGCAGGUGUCCACUCUCUGGGUUCAUCACGGGGCAAGUGUCCACUCUCUGGGUCCAUCACGGGGCAGGUGUCCACCCUCCGGGUCCAUUACGGGACAGGUGUCCAUUCUCUGGGUCCAUCACAAGGCGUGUCUCCACCCUCUGGGUCUACCAAAGGGUGUCCACCCUCUGGGUUCAUCACGGGGCAAGUGUCCACUAUCUGGGUCUACCACAGGGCAAGUGUCCGCUCUCUUGGUCUACCACAGGGCAAGUGUCCACUCUCUUGGUCUACCACAGGGCAAGUGUCCACUCUCUGGGUCUACCACAGGGCAAGUGUCCACUCUCUGGGUCUACCACAGGGCAGGUGUCCACUCUCUGGGUUCAUCACGGGGCAAGUAUCCACUCUCCGGGUCCAUCACGGGGCAGGUGUCCACUCUCUGGGUCCAUUACGGGGCAGGUGUCCAUUUUCUGGGUCUACCACAGGGCAAGUGUCCACUCUAUGGGUCUACCACAGGGCAGGUGUCCACUCUCUGGGUUCAUCACGGGGCAAGUAUCCACUCUCCGGGUCCAUCACGGGGCAGGUGUCCACUCUCUGGGUCCAUUACGGGGCAGGUGUCCAUUUUCUGGGUCUACCACAGGGCAAGUGUCCACUCUAUGGGUCUACCACAGGGCAGGUGUCCACCCUCUGGGUUCAUCACGGGGCUCGUGUCCACUCUCUGGGUCUUCCACAGGGCAAGUGUCCACUCUCUGGGUCUACCACAGGGCAAGUGUCCACCCUCUGGGUCUACCACAGGGCAAGUGUCCACUCUCUAGGUCUACCACAGGGCAAGUGUCCACUCUCUGGGUCUACCACAGGGCAGGUGUCCACCCUCUGGGUUCAUCACGGGGCUCGUGUCCACUCUCUGGGUCUUCCACAGGGCAAGUGUCCACUCUCUGGGUCUACCACAGGACAAGUGUCCACCAUCUGGGUCUACCACAGGGCAGGUGUCCACCCUCUGGGUCUACCACAGGGCAAGUGUCCAUUCUCUGGGUUCAUCAUGGGGCAGGUGUCCACCAUCUGGGUCUACCACAGGGCAGGUGUCCACCCCUCUGGGUCUACUACAGGGAAAGUGUCAAUUCUAUGGGUCCAUCAUGAUGCAGGUGUCCACCCACUGGGUCUACCAAAGGGUGUCCACCCUCUGGGUUCAUCACGGGGCAGGUGUCCACCAUCUGGGUCUACCACAGGGCAGGCGUCCACCCUCUGGGUCUACCACAGGGCAGGUGUCCACCCCCUGGGUUCAUCACGGGGCAGGUGUCCACCAUCUGGGUCUACCACAGGGCAGGUGUCCACCCCUCUGGGUCUACUACAGGGCAAGUGUCAAUUCUCUGGGUCCAUCACGGGGCAGGUGUCCACCCUCUGGGUCUACCAAAGGGGCAAGUGUCCACUCUCUGGGUCUACCACAGGGCAGGUGUCCACCCCUCUGGGUCUACCACAGGGCAAGUGUCCAUUCUCUGGGUUCAUCACGGGGCAGGUGUCCACCCUCUGGGUCUACCAAAGGGCAGGUGUCCACCCUCUGGGUCUACCACAGGGCAGGCGGCCACCCUCUGGGUCCAUCACAGGGCAAGUGUCCACCCUCUGGGUCUACCAAAGGGCAGGUGUCCACCCUCUGGGUCUACCACAGGGCAGGCGGCCACCUUCUGGGUUCAUCACGGGGCAGGUGUCCACUCUCUGGGUCUACCACGGGGCAGGUGUCCAGUCUCUGGGUCCAUCACAUGGCAAGUGUCCACUCUGUGGGUCCAUCACGGGGCAGGUGUCCACUUUCUGGGUCCAUUACGGGGCAGGUGUCCACUCUCUUGGUCCAGCACGUGGCAGGUGUGAGGUGUGA